AUGAUAAAAGCUUUAAUUUUACUCACUAUAAGCAUAGCCGUUAUUGAAGGCUCUUACAAUUGUGCACAAGACAAGGGAUUGUUUAAAAACGAUGAUGAUUAUCGAUCUUAUUAUACGUGCACAAGUUAUUGUGAUCGUCUUGAAUAUUGUUCAAAAACAACGGAAUAUUAUUCAAGUCUUGAACGAACCUGUAAAAGUACUGGAUUUGAUUGGUUACCAGCAUAUGGUCUAACUGGAAUUCAACAAAUAACACCAUCUGUUCAAUACAGACAUUUUCAACAAUCGAAUUUUGAUGUAUAUUGGUCAAGUGAAACAUUAAGUCAUCGAUUUGAUUUUAUUGGUCGAUAUAUCAAUGAAACACAUGUGGUCGGAACUGAAACAAUUUUAUCAUUUACCACUAAAUGUGUUCUUGUAAGAGAUGUACAAUUAUCAGUACAAGAUACAAGAUCAUUUUGUGCAACAAAUGUAGCAAAUCCGUAUUCAAUGAAAUGUAAAUUACCUCUUAAUUAUGUUUUUUCUGGUUGUAUAAGUUAUUGA